GCGCCCCCCGGCGUCCGCGCGCCCCGCGCCCGGCGGACGAGGCCGCGCCGGCGGCGAUGGGCGCGAUGGGGGCGGCGGAGCCGCUGCAGUCGGUGCUGUGGGUGAAGCAGGAACGCUGCGCCGUCAGCCUGGAGCCCGCGCGGGCGCUGCUACGCUGGUGGCGGAGUCCGGGGACCGGGCCCUCCGCGCCCGGUGCUGAUGCCUGUUCUGUGCCAGUGUCUGAGAUCAUCGCUGUUGAGGAAACAGACGUUCAGGAGACACAGUCCUCUAGUGGCCAAUGGCAGAAAAUGGAAAACCCGUUCGCAUUCACAGUCCACUGUGUGAAGCGAGCAAGCCAUCAUCGCUGGAAGUGGGUACAGGUGACCUUCUGGAGUGCCGACGAGCAGCUGUGUCACCUGUGGCUGCAAACCCUUCGUGAGCUGCUGGAGAGCCUGACUUCAAGACCAAAGCACUUGCUGGUAUUCAUCAACCCUUUCGGAGGAAAAGGUCAGGGCAAGAGCAUCUAUGAGAAGAAAGUGGCACCUCUGUUCACCUUGGCUUCCAUCACCACAGAAAUCAUCAUUACUGAGCAUGCCAAUCAAGCCAAGGAGACCUUAUUUGAGAUCAACACAGACAGCUAUGAUGGCAUCGUGUGUGUCGGCGGGGAUGGCAUGUUCAGCGAGGUGCUGCACGGGGUGAUCGGGAAGACACAGCAAAGUGCUGGCAUCGACCCCAAUCACCCCAGAGCCGUGCUGGUGCCCAGCACCCUCAGGAUUGGCAUCAUCCCUGCAGGGUCCACAGAUUGUGUGUGUUACUCAACAGUGGGAACAAACGAUGCAGUGACAUCAGCUCUGCACAUUAUUGUUGGGGACUCACUGGCCAUAGACGUAUCCUCUGUGCACCACAACAGUACGCUGCUGCGGUACUCCGUGUCUCUGCUGGGCUACGGCUUCUACGGGGACUUAAUCAAGGACAGUGAAAAGAAACGGUGGAUGGGCCUCAUCAGAUACGACUUCUCAGGGUUGAAGACCUUUCUCUCUCAUCAGUACUAUGAAGGGACAGUGGCCUUCCUCCCAGCACAGCAUACAGUGGGAUCUCCACGGGACAAGAAACCUUGCCGGGCCGGGUGCUUCGUGUGCAGGCAGAGCAAGCAGCAGCUGGAAGAAGAACAGAAGAAAGCCCUGUACGGCCUGGAGAACGCUGAGGAAAUGGAAGAGUGGCAAGUGGUGUGUGGCAAGUUCCUGGCUAUCAAUGCCACCAACAUGUCCUGUGCUUGUCCCCGGAGCCCCGGGGGCCUGUCCCCCGCUGCCCAUCUGGGGGAUGGGUCUUCUGACCUCAUCCUCAUCCGGAAGUGCUCCAGGUUCAACUUCCUGAGGUUCCUUGUCCGGCACACCAACCAGGACGACCAGUUUGACUUCACUUUUGUCGAAGUUUACCGAGUCAAGAAAUUCCAGUUCAUAUCAAAGCAUGUGGAAGAUGAGGACAGUGACCUGAAGGUACACGGGAAGCAGAGAUUUGGGCAGAUCUGCAAAGACAGCUCCCCAUGCAACUGCCUGGCCUCUAGAAGCUCCUGGAACUGUGAUGGAGAGAUCCUACACAGCCCUGCCGUCGAGGUCAGGGUCCACUGCCAGCUGGUGCGCCUCUUUGCUCGGGGAAUUGAAGAAGUGUCCUAAGCAAGAGUCCCAAAGCUGAGAAGCCAUCUGCCUUGAGCUUGGGAGUGUGAAAGUUACUUAAGAAAAAUUCUACAGACCAAUUAUGUUGACAUAUCCAUUUAAAUUUAGAAAUUUAUUUUUGAUAGGUAAAUCUUGGUUUUAGAAAAGACACCUUUGUCAAUAAUUCCGUAUACAUACCUGGCACCCUCUCCUUGGUUCUAUGUGCAUCUGAGUCGCUUUUCACAUAACUUGUUCUCAGCAAAUGACACUCGCUGGUUUGGGGCAUUGGCUUGCUAGAUUUUAGCCAUGCCGACCAUGCAAAUUUCAAGAUGGCCUUUAGUGGCUAUUCUGCAAUAAUUUUAGGGACAUUAUAAUCUGAAUACUUCCCAGGAGUCAGGUUACACCAUCUGGACAUAUGGGUACCGACCCUGUCACUUUGAUCCCCUCGUGAGACUUUCUCUGUUGUUGUCUGUGACCAGGCUUGGGAAAGUAGAUGGCUCUAUUUGCCUUCUCUUUACACCAACCUUCAUUUAUGAUCAGGAUAUUGCCAAGUGGCCCCUGCUGUAUGCCACAACCGUAACUCAAUACAGUGAGGUCCUCCGCCCAGCUGCGCCUCCAGAGCGGGGCCACAUCACUGCAAGAAGACACCCAGGGUGACGUCUCAUCCUCAGGAUUCCCCACAUCUGCUGCCAACACAGCUGCAUCCUGUGAAGCAAUCUAGCGAAGUACCCACUGGAAGUUUUCAUUCCAUCAACCCUGGUAGCCCGUACACUCUGGCCAGGGCAGUCUGUCAAUCACUGGCCAAAAGGAGGCUCCAUUUGGAAUCAAAGCACUUGGCACAGCUGGGCUUUGGGGGUGGGGGUGGGGUGGAGGUGGGGUGGGCAGAGGGCAACUGGCAUGCAUAAAGAGUACUUUGGGGAUGCUAUACCACCCUCCACCUGAGUGUCACCAGUCACUCAGCGGGGCUGGUGGGUUACCCCAGGUCACCCCCAGGUACUUUGGUGCAAGCCCUGUGUCUGUCCCCAGGGACCACAUCCAUUCUUCCCUCACCAUCUAUUCCAUGCACUCACCGACAGCUUUCUCCUUGAUCAUCAGAAGGGUAUAUAAUCCAUGUCUUGGCUCUUUGCUUUGUCUCCACAAGGGGAAUGCUACCUGCUCUGGCUGAAGCCCUGGGCUCAUGAUCAGUUUCCUCGGAAGGCAAUCCUGACCCACAGGGCCUUCUCAGCCACACACUAUGUAUGGCCUGUGCUGUGUCUCUAGACCGAUGGCAUCUGAGAAGCAUGUAAAAGAACAUGAAACUUAAACUUGGCUUGCAAAGGGGGAGGGCCACUGACUGUUACAAGAGUAUGUUUUAGGUUCUGUACUGGGGAAAAGUGCAUCAAUGCAGGUCCCAUUAGCCUGCAGGCUGCCCCUGCUUCUAGGUGCUCUUGGGUUGAUGUCUCUUUCGAAGCAUACAUGGAAUUCUCUGUUUAGCUUUCGGUCCCAUCCAGCUAAAAGGGCAGCUGUAAAGGCUGCUGUAUUUAGGGGCUAUGUUAAAGGUAAUUGUGUAGUGGUGCUACUUAAUGAUUGGUCGAGUGAAAAGCUGGAUAGAAAGAGGAAACGCACCUAGCAAUUUCUAUCCAGUUCUGUUCUUGGAUGGGCAGAACCUAAAGGCGUCAAGAAAGACUAACAGCUCUUUGAAGUAGGUAGGCAGCCCUGGAGCAGUGUUAGACGCUUGGGUGGCCACCUCGCUGCCCAUUCACCCCUGGCAUUCCAGAGGGGCUCAGGACCUGAGGCAGCUGUGGAUGCUGCUGACUCUCAGGAAUGGCACUCUCCCACAAGGAUUCGGGUCUUCAUUGGCCUUGCUACACGAUGCCCAUGCCCUGGUUCACCCCUGCCACUGCCAGUUCUAAGGGAUCCAAACAGAGGAUGCUUUGAUAGGAUUUCGCAGUGCAAGCCACGCACAGAAUCUCAAACCUUGGCACUAUCAUGGAGCAUCAUGAGUGUCAAAACACUUAUGACCUUUGACACUUGUGCACAGGGUGGGGGGGGAGCCCCCUGACAUUCCCAAGCAGUAGACUACAGUCUCCAUGAUGCUUUUUAGAUGCAAUACCCCACCCCAGGCCUUAGUUAUUUUAGGAGAAAAAAGACUAGGAGUAAAGAUUAGACAGUGGCAACUUAGGAUCCUGUAGGGGGUCUGGUUCAUGUUUUAACUCCCUCUGUGGGCCGCUGGUGCACAACAGUUAGGCAGCAGUCCUAGGUGGUAACUUAUUCUUGUUUAUCAAAAUGAAGCAGUGGGAAUGGGGAGCAGCUGGUUUCCCCCUGGCUGCUUCAGUCCUCAGUACAUCCUCCUGGACCCAGGAGCACCGACACGAGGAGGGCCGAAUAUGCCUCCUGAUCUUGCUGGCUUCAAGAUUAGCAAGUGGCAUAUUUGAUCUGGUAUGUUUGAGAAGACAAAAAAUAAAAAUAAAGUUAACUUUGGGCAGAA